GUGGGCAGCAGAAGUCACCUGCGUAGAAAGUUUCAGCUUUCACUGCAGACAUGCUCAGGUUUCUUGUGUUGACCUCUCUCGCAGCCCUCGUGCUGGCUGAGCUGGAGCCUCAGCCCAGGUACCUGGAGGAUGACAGUGCUGCUGAGAGAGUUGUAGGAGGUGAGGUGGCCAGACCCAACUCCUGGCCCUGGCAGAUUUCUCUUCAGUACAAAUCUGGCAGCAACUACUACCAUACCUGUGGAGGCACUCUGAUCAGGAGAGGAUGGGUCAUGACUGCCGCUCACUGUGUGGACAGGUCCAGGACUUGGCGUGUCGUUCUUGGAGAUCACAACAUCAACUCCCAUGAGGGCAGAGAGCAGUACAUGAGCGUGAGCCACGUCUACAUCCACCCCAACUGGAACACCAACAACGUUGCCGGAGGCUGGGACAUCGCUCUGCUGCGUCUGUCCUCUGAUGCUUCUCUGAACAACUACGUCCAGCUCGGUGCUCUGCCUCCUUCCGGUCAGGUUCUGCCCAACAACAACCCCUGCUACAUCACCGGAUGGGGUCGCACCCAGACUGGAGGUCAGCUGUCUGCCCAGCUGAAGCAGGCCUCUCUGCCCGUCGUUGACUACAGGACCUGCACCAGCUACGGAUGGUGGGGCAGCACUGUGAAGGACUCCAUGGUCUGUGCUGGUGGUGGCAGCAACUCUGGCUGUCAGGGCGACUCUGGUGGCCCCCUGAACUGCAGUGUCAACGGCCAGUGGGUCGUCCAUGGUGUGACCAGCUUUGUGUCUUCUUCUGGCUGCAAUGCCUACAGGAAGCCCACCGUCUUCACCCGUGUCUCAGCCUACAUCAGCUGGAUGAACGGCAUCAUGGGUUGAGAAGAAGGAUGAUCUCCAUGGAAACGACAGAGCACCGGAUUCGUCUUAGUAUCCAUCUCCAUCGGAAUAAAAUGUCCUUUAAUGUGCA